GUAUAUUUCACAGUUUGGAACUGUUAGUUUAAAAUAAUAAAAAAAACUUAUUUGGAAGAAACUAAGAGGUAUGGCGUGUAUUGGUGAAAUUCAUUGUGAAAAACUUGGCGAAAACGAAUUUUUAUAUAAAUGGUGGCUCGUUAAAGUAGAUUUUACCAACUCGUAUUGGAGUCCAAAUUGUGACACUUUACCAUUCAGAAAUAUUUCUGAUUUUCAAUUGGCAAUCGUACCCGAUAAAUUCAAGCAUGUUGUAAAAUUCUUUCUCUUUUUGUAUGGUUAUGAAGGGAGAAGUGGACCCAAAAUGAUCUUUAAUCCUUGCCUUAUGGUGGUGGGUGUUCCUAAAUAUAAAGUAAGUUGUCCUGAUCUGUGUCUUGAACUUGGAACGUCUAUGAAAAUAUUUGAAAUUCAUUCAUCACAUCCAAUACUUUUUAAAAGCAAUGAAUAUUAUUUUCAACUUAGGAUAAAUCUUUAUGAAGAUUCAACUAUUACGCCUUCAUUUUCCAGUAUAAAUACUUUUGCUCAAGAUACAAAAGAAAAUGGCAGAGCGUUAGAGAUAAUACCGAGAAACGGGCAAUACCUAAACAAAUUGAGUCAAGAUAUGGGAUCACUCUAUACUUCUGGAGACUUGUGUGAUCUAGAGAUUCGUAUUGGCGAAGAUACACUUCGUGUUCAUAAGUUGAUACUUUGUGCUCGCUCUCCCGUUUUCAAGGCAAUGAUGGAACAUGAUUUCUUAGAAUCUUCAUCCAAUUCUAUCACCAUCACUGACUGUCCUACUCCUUCAUUUGUUAAGUUUUUAAAGUAUCUUUACACUGGAGAAAUAGAAGGUGGUACAAUAGAUACUGUGAUGUCCCUUUAUUCGUUAGGCGAUAAAUAUGAUAUGCCUGUUCUGAGAGAAUCUUGUUCUGAAAUGUUACAAUCCAAGCUUUCGUCUGAUGAGUUUGUGGAUGAUGUUGCUAACAUAGUUUGCGAUGUCUUACAACUAGCCGAAUGUCAUGGUGAUUCAAAAAUGAAAGAUUUAGCUGCUAGUUUUAUCGUUAACCACUUCCCAGUGGUAUCGAGCAAACAAGGUUGGAAGGAUUUGGUGAAAAGUAAUUCUGAACUGAUAUCUAAUAUUCUCGUUCUUGUAGCUAGUGGUUUGCAUAAACAGGUUUGCAAAACUGUUAAUACUUAGUGUCAAUUUAUAACGACACAAUUCUU